AUGUUUGUUGCCAACAUGCGCCUUCGCCAAUGUGUGGAGGAUUCCUUUGCAGCGACAAGCUUGCCAAAGGCUAAUGCGCAACGAUGCGGCACUGCUUUCCAGGAGCAGGAUUCACGGUUCAGCGAUUUCUUCAGCAACACAGCCGCGCCAAAAAAAAUCACAAGAGCAGACGCGGCCCAUUUCCUGUCACCACGUGCUUCAACAAGUGGGCGGGCGGCUGCCUUCAAUUACACAGUGGAAGAGGCGGCUCAUGCAGCUCACCACUCCAAUGAAGAGCAGAGAGUGCUGAAGAAAGCGUUGGCCAAGGAUCACUCCCUCACAGCAGAGGAGGCAAAAUUCUUCUCCUUCAUCUCGGGGCCUCUAACCUUCUUGACCAGCAUGUUCGCAAUUACCGCAGCCUACCUCGAGGUGCAGAACGGAUGGAUGCUCUCGCAGUAA